UCCAUGGGUUACCACACGAUGACACACGCACGCACGCAGCAAAAGGUGAAGCUGCAGCACGUGCUCUGCAGCCCUCGAGGUGGCGACCUGACCGACCACCCAAAGCAAGGUACGGGUACCCCACAGCCUGCAAAGCCUCGAUCUUGGGGCAGGUCAGAGAGCGCGGUUUGCCUACAAAUAUCCGUUGCGUUCAUCCUCUUGCCCCAAGACUUGGCAUCACAUAUCCGUUGCAGUUGCAGGCAUAGAUAGGGACAGCAGUACAGCACAACCGUUAGCGCUUAUUGAUCUGUGGUUUGCCGCUGUAGCCAUGGCGAGCUCAUCAUCUUGCGGUCUGGGGCUGGCCUGCUUCGUGCUCCUGGCGGCAUCCGUCGGCGCCACGCAGUACAAGGUCGGCGGCGACAAUGGCUGGGCCGUGCCGGACGCCACCGCCGAGUCCUUCAACACCUGGGCGGAGAAGACCAGCUUCCAGAUCGGCGACAGCCUCUUGUUCGUGUACCCCAAGGACAAGGACUCGGUGCUGCUGGUGGAGCCGGCGGACUACAACACCUGCAACACCUCCUCCUACGACAAGCAGUUCACCGACGGCAGCACGUCCGUCACGCUCGACCGCGCCGGCGCCUUCUUCUUCAUCAGCGGCGUCGAGGCCAACUGCCGCGCCAGCGAGAAGCUCAUCGUCAUGGUCGGCAGCGGCGGCGCCAGCGCGCCAGCCCCGGCCGCCCAGCAGGGCUCCGGCUCUCCCUCGCCGUCGACGUCCGCGCCUGCUCCCUCCAACGGCGCUCCGGUGCCGCCGGCCUCGCCCAAGGCCCCCGCCGCCAAGAACUCCACGGCCAAGGGCGCCCCUCCGGCCGCCGGCAGCAAUAGCAACGGCGCUGGUGCUGGGCUCGCCGUGGCAGGCUUCGUCGCCUCGGUUGCAGGCUGCGUUGCCUACGCCACGCUUGCCUUCUGAGUUCUGAAACUGAAAACCACUGGACGCAGGCAGUGUGUUCUUCCUUUCCUCGUCGUGUAACAAACUGAAACUGUGUGUGAUUGUGAACAAAGUGUAUCUUUCGUGUUCCUUGCGAUUCAGAAGAAAACACAAAUUUAAUUAAA